AUGCCAAAGAUUAAAAUUCAUAAUCGAACUUCUUUAAAUUUAAAUUUAUCACUUUCACAUUUAGUACCAAUUCAUUUUCAAAACAAUUUAAAACCACAAGAAACAUGGGAAAUUAAAGUAGGAAGUGUAUGUAGGUUUACAUUUGAAUGUAGACAAGAUGAAUUCAAUAACCGAUUUUCAACUAUCAAAUCAGCACAAACCAUUGGAUUGAUCACCAUUACUGGUGCUACGAUUGGAUUAGUUGCGAUCCCAUUGACUGUUUUAGGAUUAGCACCAAUUGUUGGACCUUCGACUGUUUUGGCUCAUUUGGCUACUAAUAGUUUUAUAGUUUCUGCUGCUACUCCUCAGGUUUUGGGAUUGACGAGUUGGCUUGCAAGUACGUUUGCUAAAAAGACAGUUUAUACACUUGCAACUGAACGAGGGAUUAAAGAAGACGAAUUAGAAGAAACUUUAAAGAUUUCUUCUAUGGUGAUCGAUAGUAUUAAAUAUCUAACGCUUUCUAAAAGUUUGAUUGAUUUAAAUCAAUUUGGAAAAGUUAAAAAUCAAAAAGAUAAAAUGGUUUUAAAGAAUAAAGAAUUUGGUGUGAUGGGAAUCAUGUCUUGUGGUACUGGCGAUUUUUUGGAAGUUGGUUGUAACUGGUUAAAAAACAAAUUGGAGGGUGAUGAGAAUGGUUGGAUUGAGAAUAUGAAUUAUAGAAUGAUUGAAGAAAGGAAUGAAGAAAAUCCAAAUCCAAAUCCAAAUCAAGAUGAAAGUGAAAGUGAAUUUGAAGAAAGUUGGACAUUGAUUGAAAAAACUAAACCUGAUUCACCAAUGCCAUCUAGUGAAACUUUUUUCAAGUAUGGAUUAGUUAGAGGUGUGUAUAUUGGAUUUGGUGAUGAUUAUGAAUUUGAAUGGAGAGAGAAGAUUAGUGAUGAUGGAAAUGGAAAGGGAAAGGGAAAUCUUUAUGGGUUUGAAUUAUGGGAUUUGAAGUCAGGAUCUGUUUUGGGUUGA